AUAUAUAUGUUUUUUUCUGCAGAGUGUCUUCAAAAAUUUUGACACAGAUGGCGAUGGCAACAUUUCCAGGGACGAGUUUGAAGCCAUCAGAAACAAUUUCCCCUACCUCAGCAAAUUUGGAGAACUAGACAAGAACCAAGAUGGGAAGAUCAGCAGAGAAGAGAUGAUCGACUACUUCAUGAAAGCCAGUUCUCUGCUAAACUGCAAGAUGGGCUUCAUCCAUACUUUCACAGAGACCACCUAUGUGAAGCCAACAUUCUGCGAGCACUGCGCUGGCUUU